AUGAAGACCCUGAACAACCGAGCCGACAGCCACCUGACCAGCCAGGUGGAGUGUGAGCUGGACAAUAUGGCUUCCUGGGUCAACCAGGGCUACAUUGGCUCCCCGCCUCCUUUGCCUCGGGCGGUCAACACCGUAUACAACCCGCAGCCCUUCUUCCAGGGCUCCAUGGAGAGCAUGUACAACGUGGACCCCCCUGGGCCAUUGCCGGAGGAGCCCCCGUUGGCUGAUAAAAGCCUGCUGAAGGAACGUAGAGGGUGCUGCUCUUUCAUCAAAGGCUUGUGGGGGACAACGCUGACUGAGAACACGUCGGGGAACAGGGAACUGUUUGUCCGCACCACUCUACGGGAGUUAAUGGUCUACGUCUUGUUCCUGCUGGAUAUUUGUCUGCUGACCUACGGCAUGACCAGCUCCAGCACCUUCUACUACACCAAAGCCAUGACUGAUCUGUUUGUCAAUACAGCUGGAGAAGGUGGGCUCAAGUUUCAGUCCAUUAGCACCAUGGCCGACUUCUGGGCUUUUUCUCAAGAAACAUUGCUAGAUGGCCUCUACUGGACCAAAUGGUACAACAACCAGUCCAUGGCCAGUGGAGACCAGUCCUUCAUCUACUACGAGAACAUGUUGCUGGGGGUCCCCAGGAUGAGGCAGAUCAAGAUCAAGAACAACUCCUGCAAGGUUCACAAGGACUUUCAGGAUGAGAUCACCGGAUGUUUCGAUGUCUACAACGACAAGAAGGAGGACGAUCUCAGCUUCGGUCUCAUCAAUGGCACUGCAUGGAGCUACAACUCAGAGAAAGAUAUCAAGGGUUCUUCUCACUGGGGAUUGCUGACCACCUACAGCGGAGCGGGAUACUACCAGGACCUGGGCAGAACUAAGGAGGAAAGCACAGCGGUACUGAAGGAGCUGGAGGACAACCUUUGGCUGGACCGAGGAACCAGAGCUAUCUUCAUCGACUUCUCCACUUAUAACGCAAACAUCAACAUGUUCUGCGUCAUCAGGUUGGUGGUUGAAUUCCCAGCAACUGGUGGCGCCAUCCCUUCCUACCAGAUUCGGACGGUCAAAUUGAUUCGCUACAUCAACUACUGGGAUUACUUCAUCCUCGGCUGCGAGAUGCUUUUCUGUUUAUUCAUCCUCUACUACGUCGUAGAGGAGAUCCUUGAGCUUCGGAUCCACAGGUUCUCUUACUUCAAGAGCAUCUGGAACAUCCUUGACAUCGUGGUCAUCCUGCUGGCCGUCGUUGCCAUCGUGUUCAACAUCUGCCGUACCAUCAAAGUGGACAAGUUGCUCGGAAAACUGUUGGAACAACCGGAAAUCUACGCCGACUUUGAGUUUCUGGCCUUUUGGCAAACACAAUACAACAACAUGAACGCAGUCAACCUGUUCUUUGCAUGGAUCAAGGUCUUCAAGUACAUCAGCUUCAACAAAACCAUGACCCAGCUGUCGUCCACGUUGAGUCGCUGCGCAAAGGACAUUGUAGGAUUUGCUAUAAUGUUCUUCAUUGUGUUCUUCGCUUAUGCUCAGCUUGGAUAUCUGCUCUUUGGUACCGAGGUGGAGUCCUUCAGCACCUUCGUCAAGUGCAUCUUCACCCAGUUCAGGAUCAUUCUGGGAGACUUCGAUUAUGACGCCAUUGACCGUGCAAACCGAGUCCUUGGACCAAUCUAUUUUGUGACCUACGUCUUCUUUGUGUUCUUUGUUCUUCUGAACAUGUUCCUGGCCAUCAUAAACGACACGUAUUCCGAGGUGAAGGAGGAGCUCUCCUCCCAGAAAGACGAGCUUCAGAUCACUGACAUCAUCAAACAGAGCUAUCUGAAGACCUUCAUGAAGCUGAAACAGAAAAAUGAGAAAAUCUCAGAUGUCCAGAAGGCUCUACGAUCCGGAUCCGGGGAAAUUGAAUUCAAGGAUUUUCGAGAAACGCUAAAAGAGAUGGGACAUGCGGAUCACGACAUUACUGCGGCUUUCUCCCAGUUUGACCGUGACGGCAACCAAAUUCUUGACGAGGACGAACAGGAAAGGAUGAAAACGGAACUGGAAGAAAAGAGGGAUGCCCUUUGUGCCGAACUCAACAAUCUUGGAAUGAACUAUGGGAAAGAUUUAGGGGGAAAGACCCCCGCAACAUUCACUGAGCACAAGAGCGUCCCCGUGCACCAGUAUAUGGACCGGGAACACUUCCUCAGACUGGCCAGGCAGGUCCUCCAUCUUGAAAGCGCCAUGUCCGGCAUCGCAGCCAAGAUUGAGUUGAUUUUGGAGAAAACUGGAAUAGAAGAUGGAACUGAAGGGAAUAAAAACGCUGGGAAACAGUCAGUCAAACAGACCAAUCAUAUUGCUGGUCAAUCCGGCUCAGAUGGGAGCAUCCUUGUCUGUGUGGACCGAGGGACAAAACCUGCCUUGUCGUCGGGGAGAAUCUGCGCCAUUCCCACUUACGACUGUCACAUGUGAUCAAACCCGGAGGAAUUACGAGACGGAACGACUGCCUGAGCGUGAAGGAGAACCAGUUAACUGAACAAAUAAGUGCUUUACAAAUGAUAUUUCCUUAAAAUGAAUACUUUAAAUCGGGAGUCUGGGCUGCAUCAAGUAUUCAGUCCGGGAUCACAAACAGGAGGCCAUUACUACGUAGAACACACAUCAAAGAAAUAAUGCUAUAACCUUCACACAUCAACCAUUACUACUACUACUACUACAACACACGACAAUAAUUUUGCCAGCUAGAAACAUGUAACUUGAGCAACUUUUUACAAAAGCAGUGCCGAAAAGCAUGCUGGGAAGCCAGAAGCACUCCCUAGUAUUUCCCAGUAGCUGUGGUUGCCCAAUGUGUUUACUUACCUGUUACAUGUUGUACUGUCAUGUUGUGUUUGUAGUACGUGUUCUGUCUCUCUCCAUCUCGCCAGGGCUUGCAGGCCGCGCUUACACAAAAUACGGUCACAAAUUAUGGUCCCGUGUGCCGCAUGUUGGAAACCCCAGGUUUCAAUGGAGCACACGAUCCCCUCACAUUCAAACUUGUAUAUAUUGUACAUCGGUUUUCCAAGUUGGUGUGCACUACAGCUACAG